UGACCAUCUCCAGAGGGCUACACAGCUGAAAAUAGAAGGAGCCCAAAAUAAUUGGACCCUAAGGUUAAGGUUAGCCUGUGGAAUUAAGAUCCGCUCGCUACACCCCACCCUAAAUCCCAGAAAAAACUUUCUGGUACAGUCGCAUAAUUAAAAGAAAGUGGUGGCCUGUUCUUACAUUUUUGAUUCCUUCCCUUCCUUUUCAUCCACCAUUAGGUGAACCAAUUUUCGACCGUUCAACAACCCAAAAACGACUUAUAGUAAACCUACGCGAUUGCAAAUGCAUCAGCAAAACGAUUCCGACCGAUUUUCUUCAUCUACAGACUGCCACCAGAUGACUUCGACCCUUCAACCAGUACACUCUGAUUAUCUUCGCGAAGCACGCUCUGACGCCGAGCGACGACGCGGAACCCGCCUACCUUGAAUCGGGGCGGGUUGAAAGAGUCGCGUCGACGGAAGGCUCUAUUUUUUUAAAAAUCCUUUUAAUUAGGGUAUUUUACUUGAGAUAAACACGGUAUAAAGUAUAAGGAGGAUAAAGAGGAGGGAUUAGAAAUCAUGUUACCACCAGCCGCCCCAGCGCUUACAACCGUUCGCGGUUUCGCACCGACCCCAAUUAUGUCCGGCGACGACGACUCCGACCAUUGUCAGACACCACCUUUGUCUGCGCGACGCGGCCGAACCCCUCGUAUCGACGAUGUUGUUAGCGCUAACUGUAGUCCCGUUUUGCGCGGCAGUCAUUCGCCUGCUAUCAGUGGUAUCGCCAAGCUGCGCUUGCAACUCGACCCUCUCAACCUAGGCGACUCACGUGCCAGCACGAUGUGCCGAACUCGAAGCGCCAGUCGACAGCGUGUCAUGAGCGGAUUCACCAGUCAUACAGGUCGUAGCGACGACGAAAUUUCGGAGGCCGGAUCGACCAGUUAUGAGGUUGCGCUAGAGAACGACUUCGUUAGCGAAAGUGUACGAGAGAAGCGCUAUGGUGCGAUCGAAGGUGGAUUAGUGCCUCGAAAGACGCAGUCUGAGGACUUCGAGCCCCUCCGUUGUCUCGGAAAGGGCACUUACGGCACCGUUCUUCUCGUCAAGCAGCGCACGACCGGCCGAUUAUACGCGCAGAAACAAUUCAAGAAAGCCUCGGUAGUGGUUCACAAGAAACUGGUCGAGCAAACAAAGACGGAGCGACAAAUUCUCGAGUCUGUCAAUAGACAUCCCUUUGUCGUCAAGCUGUUCUAUGCUUUCCAAGAUCAAGAGAAGUUGUACCUCAUCCUCGAGUAUGGACAGGGUGGAGAGCUAUUCACCCAUCUCAACACCGAGAAGAUGUUCCCCGAACCAGUUGCUGCCUUCUAUAUGGCUGAGAUGGUACUUGCCCUGUCUCAUCUUCACGAUACGCUCGGCGUAGUUUACAGAGAUUUGAAACCCGAGAAUUGCCUACUAGAUGCUCAAGGUCACCUUCUGCUAACCGAUUUUGGCCUGUCCAAAGUUUCGGUAGAGGAUGACGAUGGCUGCAAGUCUAUACUCGGAACUGUUGAGUAUAUGGCACCCGAAGUCGUUCAAGGCCAGAAAUACGGCAAGGCGGUCGACUGGUGGUCGUUCGGUGCGUUGGGUUACGACCUUAUGACGGGUAACCCACCCUUCCGUGGCGGCAACCACGCCAAGAUCCAGAGCAACAUCGUCAAGCAGAAGCUCGUCUUGCCUUACUUUCUAGGUCCCGAUGCCAAGGACCUGCUUACGCGGCUUUUGAAGAAGGAUCCCGCCAAGCGCCUAGGUUCUCAUAUGCCCAAAGAUCUCCAGAUCAUCAAGAAGCACAGAUUCUUCCGGAAGAUCGACUGGAAGAAACUUGCCGCCAGGGAGUUGGAGGCGCCGAUUCAACCAAUGAUCACGGACCCGGAACUUGCGGAGAACUUCGCACCGGAAUUUACCGAGCUAUGUUUGAGCCCUAUCGUCGCCAGGGAUCCCUGGAACGAAUUCUCGCCAAAGGAUGGCUUUAAGGAAGACCCCUUCGGCGGAUUUAGUUUCGUGGCUUCCAACAGCCUUCUAGAGACCAACGGUUUUAUGUGUGCCGAAGCAUAGAGAUUCCUCGAUGGAGCAUAUGGUUACGGAUUCAGUGCAGCAAUAUGGUUAUAGAGCGAUUCUAAGCCGGUUUGCAUGCGAUUUUAGAGGGUUUGGCGACGAUGAUAGGUUUCGGGACCACCCGCAGUGAUUGAAAUCACGAUUUUAGACUAAUAGACCGAUUUGGGACGAUUCAUUAAUAGAAGCAAUGCUCAGAGGCUGUCGAGCAGCCAAGAACUACCCUUGCUAUUCCCCCGUUUAUGAUAAUAUCCCAAC